AUGAGGGAAGUCAAUUUCAGCAUUCCCAAUGUCAACAAGGCAUCAGUGGGCAUCACCACUGCCCUGUACGACCGUCGGGCGUUGGACUGCACAUCAACAUUGCCACUUAUCAACUCAUUGAACCAUCUCGCAUACCUCACAACAUCUUCUGCCCGCAUUCGCGAUAUCCUCACGGUCGAUGGCGGGAUCGAGAGGCUGGUUUGCAUCCUGAAGCAAGGACGCACCAAGGACAUGAUGGAUCUUUGGAAGUGGAAUCUCGCUUUCCAGUGCGUUGUCAACAUUGGAGUACGUGGCACAGAGACGGUCCGUACUAGAGUCGUUGAAGCAGAUAUGGUCCCUGUCAUCGGCACACUACUGGACAACUACAUCAAAUAUAUCGAGAAGUCCCGGGAGAAGGCCGAGGAGGCCAAACAGAAGCAGCUCGCGGACCAUCAUUCCCGGCAGCGCGGCCACAGGGAAAAGUCGACAUCAUUCUCAAACCGAACCUCCCGACUCGAGAUCGACUCCCGACCGUUCAGGCGUCAAGCGCCUCCACCUUCCAUUGACGUGUCGGCGACAUACGGUAGCACGUCAGCUGUUUCUGAGUCUAGCCAGGCAGAGUCUAGCACCGCUGUCCAUGCUGGCCCUUCCACAGCUCCUCCUGAGCGUGCCUCAGGCUCGAGCCAUCGCCAUCACCACCACCACCAUCAUCAUCACCACCACCACCGACACGAUGCCAGAGGCAGCGUGAUUUCGCCGUCACGGCCAAGCAUUCAGCCAUUGGCGACUGCUGCUCCCACGAUGGAGGCUGUCGAUGGCUUCAUUCGUCCAGUUCGCGACAUUGAUCGGCUGCCGUCCAUGGCACCAGUUUUUCCUCAGACACUGACCUCGCAACCCGCGUCUCCAACAACUCCACUACCGCUUCCUCAAGUUCGCUCCCCAACUGUACGACCAGCCUCGGUCCUCAACCAGAAUAGUCGUGCGCGCAGGCGGCCUUCCAUUCGUCACCAGGUCUCUACCAGCGAUGCAGACGAUUUGACCACGGAAGGUGCGCAGUCGGACGAGUCUGGCGACGCAGAGAUGUCUGGCACAGCAGAGAUCCAGACUGCUGUCGAUAUCCAGGAUAUUGCCAUGGACGAGGGAGAGACUGCCUUGGUCAAUGAGACGAUUGACUUGAAUGCUCAGACUGUGUCAGGCAUUCCCGAAACUGGAACGUUCAAUAUCACGCAUCGACCAUCUGUGGAUGGCAGCAUCCCAAAUGCUAUUCCGGCCCCAGGACCUACACUCGGAUUGUCCCCGAACCAACCUCUUGGCGGAACUCCCCAGCCUCAGCUUCCUAGCCAAACGAACGUUUCCCGGUAUCUACUCGACCGACCACUCCCGCCAAGUCCUCAGAUCUUGGCAGCAUUGCCUCGGGAGGAGGACGUACUUAUGUCCCUCCAACUCCUCGCGUACGUCUCCAAGUACUGCAACCUUCGCUCGUACUUCCAGAAGAGCCACCUGGUCCCCAAACUCAAGAUUGGGAAGGAGCUGGAUUUACUCGACUCCGACAUCAUGCCCGAAUCACCAACCAGCACAACGGAGCACGAGGAGGAGUACCUGCUACCGAACGAUUUCAACAUCUUCCCCCUUGUCGAAAAGUUCACCGUACGCUAUCACAGCAGUGACAUGCAAUACUGGGCGGGCGUCGUCAUGCGCAACCUCUGCCGCAAGGAUGAUGCCAGGGGCGGAAUCCGCCAAUGCGCAUACUAUCAGUGCGGAAAGUGGGAGGAGUUCACACGGCAAUUCGCUAAGUGCCGACGGUGCCGCCGCACCAAGUACUGCAGCAAGGAGUGCCAGAAGAGCGCAUGGGCCUUCCACCGUCACUGGUGUGUCGCUGCAUCUUGA